CUCUUCAUAGCAUUCCGCAUGCUACAUUAUGACCGAUGAUCUGAAGCUGGACAAUCCGUUUGCUACUGCAGAUGGCGGCGCCUUCGUAUCUCCGGCGCUGGACUUCCUAGCAGGAGGAGCGCCUGGCGAUCUGCUCCCGAGUAGUGAACAGAUUGCUGCCAUUGUUUCUGUCCUUUCAGAUGCUGGCAUAUGCUGUCUCUUUACUCAGGAAUAUGCUUUGGUCUACUAUGGAUCUCGUUGCUUGACGAAAGACCGAGUUUUGUGUAUCCCUGAUGAACAUCAUGGGCGGGCUGUGGAGAUUUUUAAUACAAUCGAUAUACUAAAGCCAUGUGGAAGGAGCCCCAUUUCAUCACCUGGCUCACUCAACCAUACAUAUCCCCGUUUUAAGGCUACAGGGCGACUUGAUUUCUGGCUUCUCGUCCCAGCAAGCUACUAUCAUAUCAUCUGUGAACCUCAGAAUGUGGAAUGGAGCAUGGGCAGUCUACCCUACCCCAAACUUGACGUAUACACGCAGAGUCUGCUCGACACCAAAAACGGGGUAGACUUGGAGGAUAUAAUCGACGCAAUGGACCUGUCAGAGGAGUAGGGGGAGGAGAAUCUGGAUCUAAAUGGUGAUACUGAUACAGAAUGGUUGGAAGGGUAUAUUGAGCGUCUUCGCGGGGAUGAAAUCGAGAAGUUAUGGAUCGAUCUUGAGGCUACUCCUCUUUUGAGGCGGGAUCUCUGGAUGAAGUAUGUAGGGAAUAAACAGAGGCGGCUGGGGUGGAAGUGUCCACCUGAGAUUUACGCGACCAGAUAUCGACGGCAUGGUGCGAAAAAAACCAGGACUUGUCAGAGGGAGGGGUUGUAAGAGCAUUUUACUUUGGUAAUUGUUGUCCGUUUUUAUUCUGUCUGUGUGGGUGUAUCACGAGUCUAAAGCCAG